GCCGUAAAGCUCUUUGGGUGACGGUAAACGGAGGCCCACUAUGACCAGUAGAGGGCACUGCGGAUAACUUGAUUUUCUCACAACUGAAAUGAAACCUUUAUUUCUGCUUUGUUCCGGGGUCGUUGGGCUGGCAACAAAACCGAACACAUGAAGGUUUCUGGCAGCCUCUCUUCCGUGUUGUCUUUCGGACCAGUCACCUGAUGACUGCAGCGCCUGAGCUGAAUCCAGACCUUCGGCUCCUGAUGGCUGUGUAUGAUGAGAACAUCCUGAGGAAUCCGUUCUACUUGGCCUUGGAGAAACUGAGACCGGACCUUUUCAACCGCGUGGCAGAACUCAAUGGCAUUAUUCUGGUUCCUUGCAGUGGAAGUUUGAGCACCAGCACCUUCUCUGAGUCUUACUUUGACAGUUACAUCUUACAGCCUGUGGAGGAUGAGUACCGGACACUCAGUGGGAAGGCGAUCAGGAUCCAUGACAGGAAGCUGUUGUUGGGAUCUGGCUGCCCAACUGCUUCUGUGAUUCCCAUCCUGUUUGAGGAAACCUUCUACAAUGAUCAGGAGCAACGAUACAGCAUUCUGUGUAUUUCCAGGCCAGUGGAGGUAGAACCAAGCCUGGCUGAGGUCAGUCAACUUCCAACCUACUGCCUGAGAAGCCUGGAGGAUGUGACAGACUUCCUGGGUCGCCAUGUCCACAAACUGGACAAGUUCAUCAACAGCUUCUGUCUGUCUGUCAGAGAACAGGAGAGGAAGGGACUCCGUCACCACAUAGACGCUGUGAAUGGUCUCUACGCUAAAUGUCUUAUGUGUCUACUGAGAGACUCCCACCUGAAACUUCUGGCAAAGCAGGAGCUUCAGAUGACUCUUCUCAAGCAGGCAGUGGAGAUUUAUGUUCAUCAUGGUAUCCAUGAGUUCAUCUUUAAUCUUGUGGGAACUCUUGAAGCCAGCCAGGAUGCUGCCUUCAACAAAACCACUAGGAGUCUGCAGGAUCUCCAGCAGAAGGACCUGGGAGUCAAGCCGGAGUUUAGUAUGAACUUGUCUCGGGCAAAGAGAGAGCUGAGUCAGCUCAACCAGCAGACGUCACCCUUCCUCAAACUGCUCUGCCUGCGCAGAGUGGUCAUGACCGCCACUCAGACCACUGGACGCACCGUAAGUCUAGUAGCUGUGAGUGCAGAUGACCUCCUUUCUGUUGUCCUCUACCUCCUGCUGAAGACAGAAAUACCCAACUGGAUGGCCAACCUGAGCUACAUCAGGAACUUCUGUUUCAGCUACUCCAGCAAAGACGAGCUCAGCUACUGUCUGAGCACAUUCGAGGCAGCAGCGAAGUACAUCAGCCUGGGAAACCUGCAGGACACACACUCUAUGUCAGGUGGACUCAAUUACAAGGCUGUGUUUAAAGACAGGAUGAGUUUACUGAACCAGAAUGCUACCACACCCAUCCAGCAUCUUUUUGAGCACAUCGCAAGUGGAAAUGAAGCUGAAGUGGAUCGAUUGCUGAGUGAAAGUGAGGGGGGUGAAGAUGUAAGGAUGUGUCACCCCCUGUGUUCGUGUGAUCUUUGUGAUGCCCAGUUGUCGGGUCGGCUGAAUGACCUGUCCAUAGUUACACCAUCCUCUAGAGAUGACAGAGGUUACACUCCGCUGCACGUUGCUGCCCUUUGUGGCCAGGCCCAGCUCAUUGACAUGCUUGUGCAUAAAGGAGCUCCAGUGAACGCCACAGACUACCACGCCCUCACGCCGCUGCACCUAGCCUGUCAGCAUGGAUAUCAGGGAGUUUGUCUGCUGCUGCUGCACUACAAGGCCAAUGCCGACGCCCAGGACAACAAUGGCAACACUCCACUGCACCUCGCCUGCAUGUACGGGCACGAAGACUGUGUGAAGGCCUUGGUCUACUAUGAUGUCCAAACAUGCCGCCUGGAGCUGCAGAACGAUAAAGGUGACACGCCCCUGCACAUGGCAGCUCGAUGGGGCUACGAGGGGAUCAUCCAGGUGCUUUUGGAGAACGGAGCAAGCACCUACAUCCUCAAUAAGAGCAGAGAGUCUCCAAUUCAGUGUGCACUGAACUCUAAGAUCCUCAUGCUGUUGCAGACGGUCCAGAAUGGCCAUCAGCGCGGCAGCACAGACUCUCCCAGCUGCUCCCCUCUGGCAUCAGACUGCAGCAGCAGCCGCCGCUCAUCCGUCUCCAGCACAUCUUCUUUGGGCUCAGAGGUCAAACCUGAAUCAGAACGAGUCCGGCACAGAGAGGUAGAGAAGCUGUUGCGGGCUGUAGCUGAUGGAGACGAGGAGAUGGUGCGUUACCUGCUGGAGUGGAUGGAUGAAGGAGACGAUGAAGGAGAGCUACGGACGGAGGCACCACUCUGCCAUCCGCUGUGUCAGUGUCCAGACUGUGCUCCCACCCAGAAGCUGUCUGUGCAGCAGGUUGGAGCUCUAGGCGUUAACAGCACCAACACAGACGGGUUUUCACCACUCCAUGUGGCGGCCCUUCACGGCCGCUCCACGCUGGCUGCUCUGCUUGUUCGCCACGGAGCCAACGUCAACGCUCGCACCAACCAGAGUGCUACACCGCUUCACCUAGCCAGCCAGAACAGCCACAUUCAGGUGAUGAAAUUUCUGCUGGAGUGUAACGCUAAGCUAAAUAAGAAGGACCAGUAUGGAAACACACCUCUGAUCCAUGCAUGUCUGCGUGGAAACGUUGAGGCCGCUGAUACGCUGCUGCAGAGCCACGCCCUGGUGAACAUGGUGAACCUGCAGGGAAACUCUGCUCUUCAUGUGGCGGUGCGAGGAGGUCACCAGGAGCUGGUGGAGCUGCUGCUGAGGGCCGGGGCAUCACCAGCUCUCAGGAACAAAAGGCAGAGGACGCCUCUAGACUGUGCUUAUGAGCAUGGUGGCAAGAACACUGAAAUUCUCAGAGCUCUGCAGAAAGCAUCGGGACUCUCCCCUGAAGCUGAGCCCAUCAAACUCCUCUCGGUGCCCAAAGGAGCUCUGGCUCACUCGUUUGUUCAGCGUCUAAAGCAGCAGGACAACUCUAAUGGACGGAGACACAAACUGUCCCAGUCCAUCAGCAGGAUGCAUCAUAUGAGAAAAGGCUCCAGUAGUUCUCCACCCAGAAGUCCAACCCUCCAUCCCCAGGAGAAUCCAGACAGGAGGAGACUGAGGCGAGAGGAGACUGUUGACGUCAGCAGCCCUUUACGGAGUCCUGGUGCUCGCGCUCGUCUCAAAGAGCGCCCCCUGGGCCGCUGUCACAGCCUGGACUCUGGAGCACCACCCCCAGUUCUAAAACUUUGUGAAACCACCCCAGAAAGGAGGGUGUCCCACAUCACACACACAGCUGAAAUGUGUGUGAAAGAAAUGUGUGGAAGAGCGGAAGGAGGUGUACCAGCAGCUGAUCACACCUCCAGAUGUGCAGAUCACGUCCAACAUCCAACCCCAGAGGCAUCGGACUACAACAGGGCCAGCGAGGCUUCAAACGAGCCUCAGACCUCGCCAUCAUCCCCCCCCCCCCCCCCCCUCACCAUGACACAUGAAAUCUGAGGCCCCAUGCCUGUAAACAGCCAGAUCUUGCUCAUGCUGGAGCUGACACCUUCAGUCAGGCAGCCUGACAGUAGACUCCAGGCCUCCGUACUGGUUUCCGUUAAUCUCCAGCUACCUUUGAUGAAGGGAUUUAAGUUCCCGCCUCCACUGCUUUGGUCCUGACGUUGGCUGCUGCUGGGCUAAAAUCUCGAUCAGCAGAUACUAAUAAAACACGCACGCACACACGCACGCACGCACACACACACACACACUAGCUGAGAGGUCUGUUAUUAGGGAAACCAUUUUGCUGACUCAGCUUCUCCUGUUCAUGAUGCCUUCACAAUGUUGGACUGAGGGUGAAAGGGCUCAGGACUAUUACUGGAGCUGCUCGUGGAUCUUCAGCUAACAUCACUUUAAAAUUUAAUUGGGACCAAUCCGUCUUUGAGUCAGAGCUGCUGGUUUGAAUCCCAAUGAAUGAAGUCUAGCUGAGAUAAACACACAGUAGCAGAACAUGACCUUCAGCAGGAGUUUGAGAUCAUAACCACCCCACAGGGAGACCGCAGGACCCUGAACUGAAGGUGGGCCAUCACCUGGAAGCUAUCUUCCUGGGUCACCAGACAUCUGGCCCGUCCGUCUGGGACUGUUUAGCUGUGAUGUCGGUUUGGGUCUGCUUAUGCGUUUUAGUGAGGAUGAAAUGGAACCGGGUCGGUUUGGAUUCUCCUCCUGUGCAUCACACAGUACCAGGAGCCGGUCUGUGAUGAACUGUGACUGUUAGCUCUUUUUUUUUAAUUGUUGAGUGUGCCUUAUUUAAGAAACAAUACAACAGUUUUUGGUGAGUCGUAUUCUUCCAGAAUCAUAACGGAGGAUUUGGUCUGAUCCUCCAGAAUAUUCUGGAACCUGCCACGGAAAAUCUGAUUUCAGCUGUUUUCUGUACAUUCUGGUGUAAAUGUGAGGCAGAGUGAUCAUAGUAAUGAUGGGAUGGUUCAGUAAUCCAGUCUGAUCUAUUCCUGACAUCCACCACAGAAACACCAUGAACCUACUGAUGCUGAUGGAAGCAAAGCCCAGCUGGACUCUCAGUGGAAAGGCUGAAAUGGGACAAAGAAAGAAGUUCUACUAACAUGGAAACUUCUGACUAAAACAGAAAAAAACCUUCAGCUCUAAUGAAAACUGCUAAAGUUAACAACUGUUUCUGUUAUUCUUAGAAAAAAUUCAGUCACAAUAAAAUCCCCAACAAGCUGUUCUGAUAGUAAUCAA